GGGGCUGACGAUCUCCUGCUCAUUUUGGCUGAAACUUCUGCUUAGCGUUGCCGGCUGGGACAUCGCGCGCCAUGCCGGAGCUGCCGAGGUCCAGGAUUUGCUGCGUUUUCUUCCUCUGUGGCUGGCUGGUCUCAUCUCACGGGACCGAUGCCCCCGGGGCCGUUCUCAAGAUCGAUAUCGAAACGAUCGAUCAAGCCGUCACCACCGCCAUGGCCGAGAGCAACGUGCUGCAGAAACUGGCAGAAGCCGCGUCAAAGAAGCAGCCAGGAGCUAAACCCAUCAAAGGCAUCACGGGGCUGAUGGUGAAAGACCUGCAGCCCCCGGAGAUCUCCCUGACGUUCGUACCGGGGACGGGGCUGUUCAUGGCCGUUCUCACCAAAAUAACCAUUGCUGGGAGAAGCUUCAUAGGUGGCAAUAUGGAAAUCUCACUGGUGGCGAACAUGACCGCGAAGAACAAGCUGUCGCAGGACGACUCGGGGAGCCCGAAAUUCAGCGUUGAGAACUGCCAGAUUGCUAUUGUCAGUGUUAAAACCAACCUUCCCAGCAACAUGCUCCCCAAAAUGGUGAAUAAGUUUCUGGAUAGCACCCUUAAGAAAGUCAUGCCAGGCAUGCUGUGUCCAGCGGUGGGUGCCGUCCUUGAACUCAUGAACGCCAAGUUUGACACCAUGAUGGCCCAGAUGCCCUUCGGUGCCCUGGGGAGCAUCCAGUUCACUUUGCUGAGCCCGCCGAUCAUAAGCCAAGAUUUCAUAGAGCUGCAUCUCAAGCCCAUUCUCCAGCACCAGGGUGGAGAUCCAGUCGACCUUCCUGCAGACCCACCAGCCCUGGCCUCCCUGCUGCCAAAAACAGAGCCUGGUACCCAGAUCGUCCUGUCGGCGAAUCUCCUGGCUGGGGAGCUGACGCUCCUGCAAGCAUCCUUCGACCUGAACGUCACGGACAACCCGGCUCUCGAGCUCCCCCCGCUGACAACAGCCACCCUCGCCUCCUUGCUCCCAGAGGUCUCCGAGUCGCUGCCUCCCUCAAAGCCCCUGGUGAUUGAACUCAGAGUCACAAAACCACCUCUGGUCACCAUCAAAGAGGACAAAAGCCUCCUGCACCUCUUUGCCACCAUGGAGUUCCUCUCUGGGGACCCCAGUGACAGCCGUGAUCCCCUCUUCGUCCUGGAGACUCACAUCAAUCUGGAUACCCAGUUCUCUGUUCGCGAAGAGAAGCUGCACAUCUCCGUCGCCCUGGACAGGUUGUAUAAAAUGGGGCUGUCCUCCUCCUCCGUCGGCCCUUUUGACGAGACACCACUGAAAGGAUUUUUGGCGGACAUUAUUCAGGUUGCAUACGUGCCAGCACUCAACGUGGCGCUGCGAGAAGGGAUGCCCCUGCCUUACCUGUUCGGCCUGAAAUACAGCCACACCGAGAUCAGCAUGUUUGAGGGCGCCCUGGUGCUGAACGUGCGCGUCAAGUAGGUCUGACCGGGAGGAGGACGAGAGAGAACGGCAAGGCCUUGUGCAUUUUGCUUGCUUUUCUAUUUGACAUUUUGACACUACAACUAAAGCGAAAAGGCCACCCGAUAAUUGGAGCGUGGCGUGUAACUACUGUCUCUAGUGCAAUCCAGUGGGUGUGCGCGUGCCCUUUUCUCCGUGCUGUUGGUCAUCGCUUGUAUUAACCUUCCCAAGAGUUUAGAGCGGCAAUGCUUUGUGGGUAACAGGCUUCCACUUUUUGUGAUAAAAGAUUCUCAUUUCCUUCCCCGCA